GCGCUGAUGUCUGUUCCUCGAAUGUAUUUUAAAGAAGACGUAGUUCAGUCUACUUGGAGUUGUAAAUGGUGGACGGCCUGUCAUUGUCGUGUUAACAUCAGGUAAAAAUGUAUAAAGCAAGGACAGUAUUCAGCUCGUUGGCCCCUUUGGCACCACACAUGUGCAGGCCAGAAAGGUUUGCAUCAUGGUUGGUACGGAGCCACCCCCUGACUAGGACCACACAGGGGGUGGUUACUGAAUCAAUCAGAAAGUACAACAGCCGUGUAGCCACAGAACCUUUUCUCAAUGGCAAUUCCAGUUCUUACGUAGAAGAAAUGUAUAAUGCGUGGUUGCAAGACCCCCAUAGUGUACAUGUGUCUUGGGAUUCAUUUUUUCGUAGUAGUACUGCUGGAGCUCCACCAGGCCUUGCUUAUCAGGCUCCUCCAUCUCUUGCUCCAAGUCCUAACCAGAUACCAUUAGGAGCGCUGUUACCUCUUGGCGGUGGGUCUCAGUUGAGUCAAAUACCUGUUAAUGAGAAAAUAAUUGACGACCAUCUGGCUGUGCAAGCUAUUAUUCGUUCUUACCAGAUUCGUGGUCAUCAUAUUGCUAAAUUGGAUCCACUUGGCAUCAACAGCGCCGAUCUUGAUGAUAGACAUCCGCAAGAGUUGCUCUAUAAUCAUUAUUCAUUUGGAAACAGAGCACGUACUACUUACUCACAGGAACUACAAUACCGAGUAGCUGCACUAAUGAAAAAGGAGUCGGACAUGGAUCGUAUGUUCAAGUUGCCGUCCACCACUUUUAUUGGGGGUAAAGAAAAAUCAUUACCCCUUCGAGAAAUUUUGAGAAGAUUAGAAGCUGCUUAUUGUGGUCACAUUGGAAUAGAAUUUAUGUUCAUCAAUUCUUUGGAACAAUGCAACUGGAUUCGACAAAAAAUGGAGACCCCAGGAAUUAUGGAGAUGACGAACGACGAAAGAAGACUUAUCUUGGCUAGAUUAACUCGUGCUACUGGAUUUGAAGCAUUCCUUGCGCGUAAAUGGUCAUCCGAGAAAAGAUUUGGAUUAGAGGGAGCUGAAAUUUUGAUUCCUGCCAUGAAACAAGUAAUCGACAAAUCUACCGAACUAGGUGUUGAGUCUGUUGUAAUGGGUAUGCCUCAUCGUGGUCGGUUGAACGUACUUGCUAAUGUUUGUCGUAAACCUUUAAGUCAAAUAUUCACACAAUUUGCCGCUCUUGAAGCAGCUGAUGAUGGUUCUGGCGACGUUAAAUAUCAUUUAGGUACCUACAUUGAGCGGCUAAAUCGAGUAACAAAUAAGAAUAUUCGUUUAGCCGUUGUUGCAAAUCCAUCUCAUUUGGAAGCCGUUGAUCCAGUAGUACAAGGAAAAACUCGUGCGGAACAAUUUUAUCGUGGUGAUGGCGAAGGCAAGAAAGUCAUGUCUAUUCUUCUGCACGGUGAUGCUGCAUUUUGUGGACAAGGUAUUGUGUUUGAAACGAUGCACUUGUCAGACUUACCCGAUUAUACAACUCAUGGUACUAUCCACAUUGUGGUGAAUAAUCAAAUUGGAUUCACCACUGAUCCAAGACAUUCACGAUCGUCCCCGUACUGCACUGACGUUGCAAGAGUAGUGAACGCACCUAUUUUCCACGUUAAUUCUGAUGAUCCCGAGGCGGUGAUGCAUGUUUGCAAAGUUGCUGCUGAAUGGAGAGCAACCUUUCAUAAAGAUGUUGUCAUUGAUAUUGUGUCGUAUAGGCGAAAUGGUCACAAUGAAAUCGAUGAACCCAUGUUUACACAGCCUUUAAUGUAUCGUAAGAUCAGAAAUACUCCACCAGUUUUGGAUAAAUAUGCUAAAAGCCUUAUUGGUGAUGGUGUCGUUACUCCGGAAGAAGUUAAGGACGUCAAAGACAAAUACGAGAAAAUCUGCGAAGAAGCAUAUACUAAUGCUAGACAAGAAACGCAUAUUAAGUAUAAGGAUUGGUUAGAUUCUCCAUGGUCCGGUUUCUUUGAAGGAAAAGACCCAUUAAAAGUAUCUCCUACCGGUAUCAAGGAAGACACGCUUAUUCAUAUUGGAAAGAAAUUCUCCUCACCACCUCCUAAUGCGGCGGAAUUUGUCAUUCAUAAAGGUAUCGAACGUAUUUUGAAAUCUCGUAUGGAAAUGAUCGAAGCUCGAACAGUGGAUUGGGCCCUUGGAGAAGCUAUGGCUUUCGGUUCUCUGCUUAAAGAAGGCAUUCACGUUAGAUUGUCGGGUCAGGAUGUAGAGAGAGGAACUUUCUCACACAGACAUCAUGUACUUCAUCAUCAAACCGUAGACAAGGCUACAUACAGACCAUUGUGUUACCUUUAUCCAGAUCAAGCCCCGUACACAGUGUGCAACAGUUCUCUAUCUGAAUUUGGUGUUCUUGGAUUUGAAUUAGGUUACUCUAUGACAAAUCCAAACGCACUAGUAUGUUGGGAAGCACAGUUUGGUGAUUUUAACAAUACUGCACAAUGUAUAAUUGAUCAAUUCAUAAGCAGUGGACAAGCUAAAUGGGUGCGUCAAUCUGGUCUUGUUAUGCUGCAACCUCAUGGACUUGAAGGAAUGGGACCGGAACAUUCGAGUGCUCGUCUAGAGCGCUUCUUGCAAAUGUCUGCCGAUGAUCCAGAUUAUUUCCCUCCAGAAAGUGAAGAAUUCGCUGUACGUCAGUUGCAUGACAUCAAUUGGAUCGUGGCUAAUUGCAGUACACCUGCAAAUUAUUUCCAUAUCCUAAGGAGACAAAUCGCAUUACCAUUCAGAAAACCAUUGAUUUUGAUGACACCAAAAUCGUUGCUCCGUCAUCCAGAAGCAAAAUCCAGUUUCGACUUGAUGUUGGAGGAUACGGAGUUCCUUAGAGUGAUACCAGAAGAAGGUGUAGCUGCUCAAAAUCCUAAUAACGUUAAGAGAGUGAUUUUCUGUUCUGGCAAGGUUUACUAUGAUUUAAAGAAAGCACGCGCGGAGAAGCAAUUGGAUGAUAAAGUCGCUAUUGCGAGAGUUGAGCAGAUUUCACCUUUCCCGUAUGACAUAGUCAAGAAGGAAGCUGCUAAGUAUCAAAAUGCAGAACUAAUAUGGGCUCAAGAAGAACACAAAAAUCAGGGUGCGUGGACAUACGUACAACCCAGGUUCCAUACAGCCCUUAAUGGAACUCGUUGUAUAUCCGGCGGAAAUACGUCGUGCAAGGGUGAAAAUAGCGGAGGGUGGUUUAGUGGUUGGUUUUCAUCAACUAAACCAACAACAACAACCAAAUCCGAGUCGGAGUCAAUAGAAUCUGUUAAACCUAAACAGAGAACAGUGAGAUACGUUGGUCGCCCAACAGCAGCUUCACCUGCAACAGGUAGCAAGAUGCAGCACCUUAAAGAACUUAAACAAUUACUCGAUGAUUCUUUUAAUAUUUAAUUAUCCUUCGUAGCACUAUGUAGAACACACAUUUUAUUUAUUUUCUCACAUUAUAUUUGUUACAUAUCUUUUGUCCUGCUCUACAUGCAACUUUGCAGAGAUUAUCAGAACUUGGAAUAGUCUCUCCAUUACCGAUUCAUUUAUAGAAUUAUUAUACGCGCAAAUAUUUUCUUGAUCGAGCCUAUUUAAUGACUUUUUUAUUCUGUACUACACGAUGCCAUAUUAUUUUAUUCGAUUUUCGAAUGGUUUUUGUUUUUGAUAUUAAAACAGACGGAAAUAUUUCAUUUCAAUGCAAAUUUCGUUAAAAAUGUAUGAACGAAUAUAAAAUGAUUGUACACUAACGUUUAAUCUUUCUCCGCAACGCAUAUGCAUAUAUGCUGAAUGAGUAAUUUAUGUAAAUGUAUGCAUUUCAUUCUUAUUUAAUGUUUGAAUGCGAUUCUAUAUCUUUUUUUUUAAAUACGUGAUAUAUAAUUUAUGUUAGUACGUGAGUUGCGUGUUGAGGCCGGUGUAUGUUUGAGUUUACAAAAAUAUUUUAUCAUUGUAAAUAUGCAAAAACACGAAAAUUACAUUAAUAUAAUACUUCCUAACAUAUUUUACUCAUUACUCGGUUUGUAAAUUUCGCAGGAAUUACUUUUUACAUCGAAUGAAAAUAUUUGCGCGUAAAUAUUUGUACUUUAUUUUGUUAAUAUGUCGAUAAACUAAUUUUAUGGAUCGUAUAAGAUUAAAAAGAAAGUAUUAUUUUUAAUUUAUGCAACAUUUUACGCAGAGCGUAAAUAUGUCGAUAGUUAUACAAAUAGGAAUUCGAAUUAAAACCUUUUGAGGCUGGCGAAGAGGGACAUACGACAAUUUUUUUAUUCGUUUACUUAUGUCGUACAGAAAGACAUCCAAUCACUUUAAUUUUUUAUCGUUGCUCUAUAUUUUGUAAAAAAUUAAAUGAUUGGUAGGUUGGUAAGAUUAAACAAGAAAAUAUGUUGUAGCAUUAGGCUCGAUUGCGUAACGUGCAUAUGAAACUGUAGAUUUUCGUAAGUGUAAUAAGAAAGGAUGUUAACGAAAUCGAGUCGUAAUGUUACUCCUCGAAAGGUUUCUAAAAACUCACCCUUUUAAAAAGAGUGAUAAGAGUGAAAGAUAAAUUGCUAGUACUAGUGAAUGUCUAGAUCAGAAAAGAAAUAUUGUAAUAUUACUCUAUUUGAGUCAGCUGUGAGCGUUGGUUGCUGCAUAGUCUGCGAAGGCACAGUAUUUGUAUUCUUCUCUGUAUACAGUUCGUUUGAAAGAUGGAUUUUUGUGAAUGGAAUAUUUAUUGUACCGUGUCAUUGAUUGGAAAAUAUUAUAUCUAUUUUGAUUAGAUACAUUCGCAAUCGAUAAAUAUUUGAGUAACAGUGACAGUUUUGUCAAAUAAUUUUCAACUGGAACUGCAAUCUUCUCCUGUUCAAUGUAUGUACAAAACAAAAUAGUAUUAUGAUACUUUAAAACCUACCAGAAUAUUAUAGAUGCAAUGUGGUCCAAUGCAAACUGCGGUACUAUUAUUCCAACCUUGUUAUUAUAUGCAUAAUAACGAUGACACAUAUGUGUAUGCUUUAAUAAUAAAGAUUGAUAGAUUGGAA